GAGAAAGAGAGCUGCUUGGAUCCCGUACUUCCCAGAGCCUGCCUGGAGCGCGCACUCAGUGGCUCUCCGGGUCCCAGCUGCGGCCCGCGCCCCGCACCACCUCCUCCUUCGGUCUGGGCACCCCUCGCCCCCUCCCUCCGGCCCCCGCUAGACUCGGGCAGCGGCCGCCCCCAGUCCCUGCUCGGCCACAUCCCCAACUCUCUGGGCUCCCUCCUGGGACGCGCGCCCUCGCCCCAUCCUUUCUUCCUUCCUUCCUUCCCUCGCGCCCGCCCUCCCUCUCCAGGUCUCCCUCCCAGGUCCCGAUUGUCUCCGUCCCCUUCCCAGUCGGCCCGCGCCUCGCCCUGCCCCGUCUCUCCCUCGCACUUCCUGGGUCGCCCGCCGCCGCAGUCUCGGCUCGCCGCGGGAGCCCGAGCCGCCGCUGCCCCGGCUCCAGCCCCCGCAGCCCGCGGCGCCCGCCCGAGGGAGCCCCGGCGCCCGGGGAAGGGAAAAGUGGGCGAGCGCGCCCUCGCCCAGCCCCGCGCCCCAGCCCUGCCCGGCGAGGAAGGACCGGGAAGAUGAACAACGGCGGCAAAGCCGAGAAGGAGAACACCCCGAACGAGGCCAACCUUCAGGAGGAAGAGGUCCGGACCCUAUUUGUCAGUGGUCUCCCUCUGGAUAUCAAACCUCGGGAGCUCUAUCUGCUUUUCAGACCAUUUAAGGGCUACGAGGGCUCUCUUAUAAAGCUCACAUCUAAGCAGCCCGUAGGUUUUGUCAGUUUUGACAGUCGCUCAGAAGCAGAAGCUGCAAAGAAUGCUUUAAAUGGCAUCCGCUUCGAUCCUGAAAUUCCGCAAACACUACGACUAGAGUUUGCUAAGGCAAACACGAAGAUGGCCAAGAACAAACUAGUAGGGACUCCAAACCCCAGUACUCCUCUGCCCAACACUGUACCUCAGUUCAUUGCCAGAGAGCCAUAUGAGCUCACAGUGCCUGCACUUUACCCCAGUAGCCCUGAAGUGUGGGCCCCGUACCCUCUGUACCCGGCGGAGUUAGCGCCUGCUCUACCUCCUCCUGCUUUCACCUACCCCGCUUCACUGCAUGCCCAGGUUCCCAGCCCCCCACCUGCUGUGGGGCUGUGCCCCCGUCCCCUCCUUUACCACCUGUCUCAGGAAGGCAGCUCCAACUCUGCCCUUUGCUUAGUGAGCAAGUGGAUUCAGAUGCACAAAGCCAUAAGCCAUGGAUGCGCUGGCUCCCUCCCUCCGAGGCUACUUCUCAGGGCUGGAAGUCCCGUCAGUUCUGCUGAAUACUAUGUUCCAGGUGUGUGAUGGUGGCUGCAAUCUGUCUUGUGGGUAUUAAUGCAAUCUGCAGUGGUGGCUGCUGUUCUCAAGCUGUUCUGCAAAACUGGAGCAUGCUGGCUUGAAAGCACCUGCCCAGUUUUGGUCCCUUCAAGACUCUGCCACAGCCUCUAUCACACAUCUGUUUUUCUCGAAGAAACAAAUAUAAUAAAAAUGUUUUACUCUUUUACACUGUAUAAUUUUAAGAAAUAGUGUGUUAUUUGUGAACGCAUGGUCUGACAUUUCUGUACAGUUUGGAGAUAUUUUCAAACGAAACAUAAAAGAUGUCAACAAUAAAACCAAGAGAGUGAGUAUUUUUAUAUUAAACAUUUUAAGUAUGAGCGGAUGAUCUUACACUGGGUUGGAUCACAAUUUUUGUGCUUGACUUUUGAAUGCUUGCUUGUAAUUAAAAAUAUCUAUUUUUUUCCUCCAA